AUGGCAUUCAUCUUCUACUGUUUCCCUAGCCUACUACUCAAACCAUACCGACCACCAGUCAAAACGUCCACCACAACUACGACCAUCAAACCUACAACUGCCAUUAUCAAACCACCCACUAUCGUCAAACCCACAGUUGCCAUCAUCGAGCCCAUCGCCAUCAUCAUCAACCCCGCAACUCAAAACAAACCACCCUCUCCCCUCAGCAAAUGCUCAUCAGCCAUAACCAUCUCCUCUUCCCUAAUCCCCAACGGCAGCGACACCGCCACCCACCACAUAAACUCAUACUGGAACCCCACCUCCACCCGCCCCCUCCGCAUCCCCAACAGGCGUUUCUUCUUCUCCCCCUCUUCCUGCCCCUACUCCUGCUGCUCCUUCUCCUCCGAAGACAUCCUGUCUCACCUGCCACAGCCACCCGCGGCACGAGUACACCACAGAGACGACAGAAUGGAAGAUUACUGUGCAGUAGGGGCGCGGGGGUGGGAUGUGUUGAGGCUACAGCGGAUUAAGGAUAGUGAGGCGGAGGUGGGGAGGGUGGAUUGGAAUUGGGUGGGUAGGGAUGAAGGGGAGGGAAGGAGAGAGGUUUCGUUGGUUGAUCUGGGGUUUGGGGAGGUGGAGAGGGGGGUGUGGUGUAGGGGGGAAGAGGGUGGGGAUGGAGAUGAGGAGGGGGAAGAAGAAGAAGAAGAAGAAGAAGAAGAAGAAGAAGAAGAAGAAGAAGAAGAGGGAAGUGCCUGUGUUGAGACGGAUACAACAUGGGAUGGAGAGGUGGAGAGUUCUGGAGCGUCUCAUGAGAAGCUGGAGUAA